AUGGAGGUAAGGCCUCAGUUCGCCGGCGGAGGGGUGUGCACAUCUGCCUACGCCGACGCCUCCGCCGGAUUCCCCCCGCACCUCCAGGCGGGAGCGAUGCGGCGCCGCUUCUGGGGCGCGUUCAACUGCCUGUGCGCCGGCGCGUUCGGGGCCUUGGCUGCCGCCUCCGCCAAGCUGGCCUUCGGCAGCGAGGUGAAUGUGGGCUUCUCCGUCUUAGGCAUCAUUGUGAUGGCUACCACCAAUUCUCUGAUGUGGACGUUCUUUAGCCGGGGCCUCAGUUUCUCCGUGUCUUCAGCCAUUGCAUCUGUCACAGAGACUUUUUCAAAUAUCCUCAGCUCGGCCUUCCUGGGUUUUGUGUUGUAUGGAGAGUGCCAGGAGGUCUUGUGGUGGGGAGGAGUCUUCCUCAUCCUCUGCGGACUCACCCUGAUCCACAGGGAGCUCCCACCACCCAGGAAGGCUCUUCCACACAAGCAGCAGUAG